CCUUUCGGAAAGCUCAGUUGUAGAUGGACGCUUCGUUGGAGCUGUUGUGUCUCAGAUUGUUCAGGAGCACCACUUCCCACCUGGUUUAACUCAAUACCAAACGAUUGUUAUUCCCGCGCUUCCAGUCAAUCAACCCAUACUCAACAAAUACUUGAUUAGAGAGGGAAAAUACCUGUGAUCCGGAAUGUCUGCUACUCCUCCUACGCCGCCUGCUCCCACAGCUCCAGCUUCCACCGGAAUGGGUCUUCACUCCAGGGCGUACAAUGGACUUAUCAACGCCUGUGACAAGUAUGUGCCCGCCAAGAUGCGACCCUUGUGGAUGCAUCCUGCAGGCCCCAAGACCAUAUUCUUCUGGGGUCCAAUCGUUAAGUGGAGCCUCGUUAUCGCGGGUAUCGGUGAUUUGACGCGUCCUGCGGACACGAUCUCACCCAAUGGAUGUCUGGCCCUUGGGGCAACGAACCUGAUCUGGACGCGCUACUCCCUGGUGAUCAUACCGAAGAACUAUAGCUUGUUCGCGGUGAAUCUCUUCGUGAGUCUGACGCAGCUCUUCCAACUGGGACGGUUCUACCAUUACCAGUGGGAGCAGUCGAAGCUGCAGAAGAAUGGCGGCGAGCAGUGCCCGACUAUUGAAGCUAGUUCGUAGUAGACCAAUUUGUGCAUUUUAAUCGAUUUAGUCUAAAUAAAAAAUAAAAAUUUUAAAUUUUAA